UUUUUUUUAAUAUGUCUUUCUCUAUUCUUACCUCUAGGGUUCCCAAAAUUCGUGAGAGAUCUCUCUCGCCGCACCGCUCCGCUGGAACCAUGAUCUCUGCACAGGACGACUACCACCGCCACUACCACUUCCAGCCGCAGCUUCCCAACUCUAUUGACACCUCUCGGUAGCAGUUCACCGCGGAUCGCUUCGAGCUCUUCUUAUAAAGUAGGAACCCGCGUCCUUCACUCUUUUGCCAUUACACGAUCAUGAUUCUAGUGAAGUUGGUAAAGCUUGCCUUUGUUACGGGAAUAUGGCCAAUGCAUGGAAGCACAAAAUAUAGAAAUGCUUCCCGCAUGCUGGGUGAUCAGUUAGCUCUUGCUUCAAUUGAGAUGUCAAAACCUCAUUUUGACACCAGCAAGUUUGCCAAAGCUCUUGCUUUCUCUGAAGAUAUUGGGGGUAGUUCAAUAUUGUUUUUACCUUGUUCUAUGUACAAUUGGACUCUGCCUGAGGGUGCUGGUCAAUUUCAUGGUAUGCCAUUGGAUGUUAAGAUUUAUGCUACCCAUCAACUAGAAUUCUUGGAAGUUGCAGACCUCAUUUUUGAAAGCUGCAGAAAGGCAGAGUCAACACCAAAUAACUUAUGGGAACAUUUGCUCUUUUAUCUUUUGGUGGCACCAUCUUCAUACUGGGAAGGACUGUUUUAAUGGCAGCUGUUGUUGUGGAAACUACUCAACACCUUUUCCUUGGAAUGAUCACAUCAGUUUUCAGGGCACCUAUUUCAUUUUUUGACACCACACCUUCAAGUUGCAUGGCAAGUCAUUCUCCUCUUUUUUGUAGUGCUUACAAUUUCCAUUUGGUACCAGGUAAGAACUGUAUCGAUCUUUGACAAUGUACACAAACUAAAUCACAUCAUUUUCCUUGUCAAAGUCUUAUCAGCAUGAACUAAAAAUAUAAUAGAAUUAGCUCGUGUACUUUUCAUAUCAAUUUCCUCUUCAAUUUGGUCUUCUAUUUUGUACUUGUCAUCUUGGUUACUCUUCCAAGGUCUACCAUUGAUCCAAGUAAGCUCCUUCUUCCCCUAUUCAUCUUAUCAGCAGUGGUAGCAAUUACAUGCAUGCAUGUGAGAACCACUUUUCUACUACAUUAUUUUAAAAAGCUCUAAAGAUUUUGGCACAAACAUUUUGGCCUUAGAUUUGGUUUUUUCUUAGUACUCGAGUCAUGUGGGGAAUGGCCAGGGACAAAUUUAUUUGUAGCAAUGGGAGCCUUGGCCACCCUCACUUUCUUGCCAUGCAUGUAAUAUUUCUUACUUUAGUAAGAAAAAAUACUUUAUAAUUAGAGUGAGUUUGGUUAUAAAUUAAGAGUAUUUUGCUACCUUAUAUAUACUAUUUUUUUAAUAGGUUGCGUACCUUUUGUACGUUGUGUAUCAUCGCUUUCCAAUCAAUGAUAAUUAUUUAAAUCCCAUUUUUCUUUUUUCACUCUUUAUAAUUUCUAAAACAACUAACUAAUGAAGACAAAAUUACUUUGAUAUUACAAGUUAACAUAAUUUUACUUAGUCAAUUAUUUGAGUUCAGAAACACUUAAUUUUAGUUUCAAAAUUUUGAAAAAUAAGUUAUACAUUGUGAAUAAAAUAAUUUUACAUUAUUAUCUAAUUAUAAUUCAACACAUAUAAUAAAUUUAAUUUAUUAAUUUUUAUGAUAACUAUAUUAUACUAAUCAGGAGCAGAACCAGGUUUAUGCGUUUAGGGGCAGCCACCACCACUAGGAUUUUAAGGCUCUUAAUGUUUAUAGUUAAGAAAAAGAAAUUGCCCCUUGAGGCAGUCCCUUAUAAUAUUUAUCAACUUGAUUGAGACUUGUCUUUUGUGUUAUUAUAGUAUAUCUAAUAAUCCAAUUAAUAUUUUUUUUAUCACAAUUUUGUUUUACAUUGUAUAUGACCAAAUGGAUUAAUUCUAAUCCAUUAACUCAAACUCUUUUUUUUAACUCUUAGACAUCAUUUCUUAUCUUGAAUUUAAUCUACUUUAUAAUUAAUCAAAUAUUUAAUGUUUUAGCUAUCAUUUAAGUCGCUGUUUCAACAUUCUAUUCUAAUUCAUAUAAAAGUCCUUUGCUUAACGUUGAAUUUACAUAUAAAUAUUACAUGCUUUGAUUUUAAUAAACUUCUAUAUGAAAAAAUGGUUCAUGCAAUAUUUUCUUAGGACCUAAAUAUUAUAUUCAACUUGCUAUUCUAAAAUAAUUAAUAUUAUUUCAGUCUCAAAUAUUGGUGUAUUUAGACUAAAAGGGUUAAUGUUAUUUUAUCUUGACUUACUAAAUUAUUUUUUUGAUGGUAGAAUAUCAUGCUUACUAUAAAUUGUUGAUGAUAGUUUUUGAUAUUUCAAAUAGAAAAAUUAGUUUAUUGGACGCAGUACUUUGUGCACUAUUUUGUUUUUUGGCCGAAAACAAUAUCUUCAAAAGUAUCUAAUUGGUAAAUGACCAUUUGUUGCAAACUUGGCAAUGUUUUUCAGGAGAAUAGUAGACGCUAGGUUUGCAUAAUAUAUGAUCCAUCAAGGCCUGAUCAAGGUGUUCUAGCUCUGAAGGACUUGAAGCUUUCUGACUCAUUCAUGGAACUCUAUCGCAACAAUAAUUUUACCAGAGAGAAGUAGUAAUUUUUUUGGAUGUCUUGUCUUUAAGUUGAAUCACUUGAUUUCUAUUUUUCUGUCUUGUGAAAUAGAUUGAGGGAGAAGAAUUUAUCAUGGGUGGGUAUCUUUGAGGAAAUUCCGACAAGCUUUUCUAAAAUUUGUCUUUCUCUCAAGUGGGUUUGACCAAAUAGUCCUUCAUACAUUGAGUUACUUUUUUUUUUUUUACUUUUUAAUAUGGAAUGCCUGUACUUACUAAAUCUUAAGGAGAGUAAGUUGAUUGAAAUUAUGAAAUGAUUGUUAAACACA